AAGAUGCGGGGAGGAGGAGGAGGAGGAGUAGGACUGGAUCCUUCUCCCUCCUUCUCCCCCCCACUCUCUGCCUCUGUUCAUGUCCUUGGCCCUCUCUCUCUCACUGUCUCUGUCUGUCUCUGGUCCUUGUUUGGAUCCUGUUGCAUUCCUGGUGCAGCUGCCGUGUCCACUCGCAGCUUCCUUUUCUGGGCGUCGUUCAACUCCUGGGAUGAAGCCCUCUUACAUGUAAAACCGGUUUCAUGCCACCGAAUUCGGCGCUGUCAGAUAUUGCUGGGUGCUGAGCCCACGUUUCCGAUCAGGUCUAUUCAUCAGCUCGCUUGUCAACUCCCCGAGUUGCCCUGCCCUACAGGGCUUAGUGAGAGGUUUGUUAGACUCUCUCUAGCAUUCUUCCGCAUUUGUCCUAUUCUACACGAAUUGGCCACGAGUGGUAGACCCUCCAAUAAGACGAUGACGACGUAGGGGGAUGCGUGUGUUGAUGGAGUGUGGAAUCUAGGCCAGCCCCAGCGAAAUGUCUUCAGCUUGUACACUAGUCAGUCGAGAGAUGACUGAACUCGAACUCAGUUGCAAUGUCGAAGUUCCCAUUUUAAGUACUGUGAUGACUGGGGGCUGUGGUGAAUCUGUCUGAAACAUCUGACUGAAUGCUCUCUGGCGGUCCGCUCGAAACGUUUUCGGUUUGGUUUGCGAUGAACGGAGAGUCAAGCUUUCCUGUUAAAACUUGUCUAAGUUUGACAUGGGUUACUGCGGAAUCCUUUCUUGUGGCAGCUAUCGCAUGGAGUUUUGCAGCGUGGAUAUGGUGGCACUGGCGAGAGCAACGCAAGCUUCCGGGACCGUUUGCAUGGCCUCUGAUCGGUUGCCUCCCUGAACUCUCAGCGAACUGGGACAGACUCCACGACUGGGUCCUAGAACAAUUCUCCGAUGAUAGGCGGACGAUUUACGUUCAAUUCGGAUAUCCUGAUGUUGCUGUCUUCACUGUGGAUCCUGCGAAUGUGGAACAUCUCCUCAAGACAAAUUUUAGUAAUUAUCCCAAAGGCGAGAGCAACUGUAAUCUGAUGCGGGAGCUCUUUGGGGUUGGGAUCUUCACCACAGACGGCGAGUUGUGGAAAGAGCAGCGUCGCAUGGCGAGCUACGAAUUCUCGUCGGCAUCGUUAAGAGAUUUUAGCACCGACGUAUUUCGUGAAUAUGCCUUGAAGCUCGUCUUCAUCCUCUCACGGUUUGCUUCCACAGGAGCCGAUUUCGACUUGCAGGAGAUGUGCAUGCGGAUGACGCUCGGCACGACGUGCAAGAUUGGAUUUGGGGUGGUGCUCGAUUGCUUGUCGCCGUCCUUGCCGAAAAUCCAAUUUGCGCAGUGCUUCGAUGACGCAAAUUUCAUUUCUUAUCACCGCUUCGUAGACCCUCUGUGGCACGUGAAGCGCGCACUCAACAUUGGGCGGGAGCGGAAGCUGAAGCACUGUGUGAAAGUGUUGAAUACAUUCACCUAUAAUGUUAUUGAGAAGCGGAGGCAGGAGAUGGCGUCUUUUAACACAAAGCCCGCGCAGUCAGACCUCUUGUCUCGCCUCACAGACCUGUGCAAUCGCGGCGGAGAGAUUUCUCACUACGUGGACACGGCUCUUCGUGACAUGAUACUGAACUUCAUCGUCGCCGGGCGCGACACCACGGCUGGCACUUUGACCUGGUUCUUCUACAUGAUGAGUUCGCAUCCCGAGAUCGCAGACAAGAUUUUUGACGAGCUUUCUACCGUUGUGGCAGUCGCCGGAAAGCACAGUGAAGAAUUGACAGAGGAAUCAGUUGUGGAGUUUUCCAAGCUACUGACUUACGAGAAGCUUGGCAAACUUCAUUACCUCCAUGCUGCCUUAUCAGAGACUCUGAGGCUCUAUCCCGCUGUUCCACUGGACAGCAAGCAGGCAGCGGAGGACGAUGUGCUUCCAGACGGCACAGUGGUGAAGAAAGGUAGCAUGGUUGGGUACGUGCCGUAUUCCAUGGGCCGCAUGAAGUGCUUGUGGGGGGACUACGCCGCAGAAUUCAAGCCCGAGAGGUGGAUUCAAGAAGGGGAAUUCGUGCCGCAAUCUUUGUUCAAGUUCACGGCCUUCCAGGCGGGACCGCGAACGUGUCUUGGAAAGGACUCCGCCUACCUGCAGAUGAAGAUGACAGCAGCGCUGGUGAUGCGGUUCUUCACGAUCCGCGUGGUCCCGGGGCACUCUAUGCAGUACCGCACCAUGCUGACGCUCAACAUGAAGCACGGCCUCCGUGCGGUGGUCUCGCGCCGCUGAUCCACGCACGCACGCCCGCUCUGCUGCGAACGUGGACAUUCCCUGGGAGUGCGGGACUUGCGACAACACUUCCCCCACUUCUUCUUCUCCUCAUUGUUGUUGUUGCUACUGCUGCUGCUGCUUUGCGCUUCCAACCCAAUUCAACUUGUGUUGCAACGUUGUUUAUUCCCUGAAGCAAGCAGCACAGCAAUGCUGCCGUCUGAUUUCUUCCAAUUUCGGGCAAUGUUCUGGUUUAUGGUUUCUAUUUGGUUACCAUAUCCAUGCUUUUGUUGGAGUUGUAUAUUCUGUUUCUAGCAUUUUUGAUUGAUUAGGAAUAUUAUGCUACUUAGCUUCUUAACAUAGUUUGAGAGAUAAGAUAUAUGCUUUUGUACAAACUUCUUUCAAUAAAUUUGUAAUUAUGGAUACAACUCAA